CUGUGUGGGAUGGUUCACUCUAUCCAAACUAGAUGUUAACGAUUCAGAACUUUCAGACCUGCUGAAAGGGACGUGUGUACAAACCUCCUUCGCGGAUUUCGUUAUUCAACUUAUUAUGAAAAAAUGUCUGUGAAUGAAGUGUACGUUUUCCGACCGUUCAAGUUGAUCGCUUUACUUUGUAUUUUUCUUGCUCUGUGUUUGGACAUCGUUGCGUUAUUGAGCCCCGCUUGGGUAACGGCGGAUCGUUUUUCUUUGUCGCUAUGGGAGGCAUGCACAGAAUCAGAGGCGACGAUCACAGACUCUCGCUGGAGUUGCACCUCCACCUUCACAUCUGACUGGCAGAUAGCCACCCUGGUGCUGCUGCUGUCUGGAGGUGCAGUGACGCUGGUGGCCUUCCUGAUCGCCCUCAUCUCCCUGUGCCGGGGGACUCACAGACAGCACUACCGCACUGUGGCUGUGUUCCUGUUCACCGCAGUGGUUCUCCAGGCCUGCGCUCUGGUGCUCUACCCCAUCAAGUUCAUCGACGGUGCAGUUCUGCAGACCUACCAUGAGUUCAACUGGGGCUACGGCCUGGGUUGGGGGGCCACCAUCUUCAUGCUUGGAGGCGGCAUCCUCUUCUGCCUGCGAACGGACAUGUACGAGGACGCUAUGUACUGAACCCUCUUUCCUCCCUUCCCCCCUCUCUCUCUAGUUUUCUCUCUCUAUGCUCUCAAUGUCCCUCCCUCUUUUUGAAAGGCAUAAGAGCCCUAGCAGACUGACACAUUUCCAGCCCAGCCCCCCCUCUCCCCCAACCCCCACGUACAUGGCUUACAUAAAAAAAAAAAAGCUUAAACACCCACAUGCUGUAUUUAACAAACACAUACAGGUCCCCUCUGUUAUUUAUAGAAUGGGUGAGCGGACCUGUCUUAGGCUAGGCCUCCUGACUGGUGGGCAGGAGAGAUGAAGUAGGAGUCAGAGCUGUGAGGAGACAGUCCCCUCUGGCCCCCUGGGGUCCCCGGGACCCCUGCAAGGGCCUGGCUGUGGCCGCUGUGUUUGAGCACAGAGAGGUUUUUGGAUUGGCCACUGUAGUUGUGAACUUUUCUACAGCACAUCCAAUGGAUCUCCAUUGUUAGAGGAACCAGGAAGCGGGACUCAUUGAGUCUAGACGCUCAGGGUGUUGGUAUAUAUUUCCUUUUCUUUUGUGUAUUUUUGUGUAGCAUUUCCUGAUGACAAAUCAUGUUGUUAAUGUAUUGAUGGUAUCAUUAAAUUUGCUAUCUAUUCUCCCAUAGGAAGAUAUAUAUUUUAUGUAUUGCUGUUUGAUAUUUGCAGUUACUGAACACAGAAAUAAUCUGGGGUCAGAAGGAUUCAUUCCCUACGUCUUCAUUGCUGAAACAUAUCUGGUUUUGCUAACUCCUCUUAACAUUUGAAGUGUUCAAUAAACAAUUCUGAUAUGUACGCAAUGCAAAAUAUGUUACUCUUUUG